AUGUCUGUUUCACUUGUUGAUCAAGACAAGGCUAGUGAUAUGAAUGAUGAUCAUGAAAGAUGGCUGCAUUACAGCGAGCUGGUUCGAAAAGGGCAUCUCGAUAAGCAAUACAUAGAAGAUGGUACUGAAAUGCAAUUGAAAGUUAACGAAAUGGAGGAUGCCGAUUGGCCGAUUGUACUCGAAGAAGUAAAUAAUAAAGAGCAUCCGUUGCGAAAGUUAAGAUUAGAAUGGGAUAGUGGUAUUUAUGGCAACAAAAAACCAAUCAAACCUGGCUUUAUUAAAUUGACGGAAGCUCUUGGAUUUUGUAAAACAUUAGUCGAGUUCACGUAUUAUAGUCGCGAUUCUUCAAUGGAUGAAAACCUGAUUGUUUCAUUGAAAUCACUCAAAGAUAAUCGCUCCAUCAAAUAUUUAUCGAUAAUGUCAGUACAUUUUGAUUUGGAAACAACACGUGUGUUCUCGCAAAUGUUGACGAAUAAUCAAACAUUGCUUUCUCUCAACAUGAGCGUCUACGCUCAUUCUCAAUUUGAAAAGGGAGAAAGCUGGACUUCUCCACUUAACUCUGAAUGUGUUGUCGAGUUGGCUCGUUCUCUACAAACAACUGCUCUCGAAUGGCUCAAAAUUGAAGAAAUUGAUGAUAACGGCUUCGAAGUUCUUGCACGAUCUUUGCCAAAGACUCUCGUUCAUCUUAAUUUGACUGGAAACAAAAUUACAGGAGAAAACAUUCCUACUAUACGUUCUUAUCUUCAAUCGAAUGGAGAAAAUCUCAAAGAACUGAUUCUCGAUGACAAUCUUGCAACUCAAUAUUUCCAACAACAAGAAUCCUCAUCGUUAUCGACAGUUAAAAUCGUAUCGGAUCGCAGUCUGAACAGUCAAGUUCUACAAAGUUUUACAGCAGAUAAAUGUGAAAUUGGUGACAUUGGUUUUCAAGCAAUUCUCUCUUCAUUACCAAAUUCAUUGUUUCAAUUAGAAUUCACAAGUAAACAAAUCAGUGAAAAAAGUUUACCUGCAUUACUUGCUUUUGUCGAGACCCAUCCGACUUUAAAACAAAUAAAAAUAGAAUUUGGUAUAAACAAAAAUAGUUCAACUCCAGUAAAUGCAUCUGAUUUAGUGGCAAAAAUUCUUAAAAUUACAAAUAAAAAUCAUUGUAUUUGUCAAAUUGAAUUUAGCUGA